GCCAUACCUUAAAGGAGGUUCAGCGGUCACUGUGUAAUAAAUACUCGGUCUCUCUCAUCACAUCUCCCUGGCAUCAAGCACUUGGCUUCUCCUCCUCCUCGACUUUACUCCACAUCCCCACUCCACAACUCACACUUUUCAUUCCUAAACCAUGUGGAAGAACCAGAACCAGGCGCGAGCAGACCUCUUUGGGGCCUCAUCCAGCAGUAGCCAUAACAACAACGCCUACAAUCGGGAACAGCAGACCGCAUUACUUUUCGAGCAACAGAAUGAUCUGCGAAUGGAGGAGUUGGCCUCCAAAGUGUCUGCCUUGAAUAAGAUUACCGUCGAUAUCCAGAACGAAGUUCAUGGCCAGCAUACGAUCCUGGAUCAAAACACGAAUUCAUUCAAUGACUUUGGAACGAGUUUCGCAGGAACGAUGCACAAGUUGAACGUGAUGGCCUCACAACAGCUGGGCAAGAGCAUGUGCUGGAUGGUCAGCGCGAUUGUCAUCGUCUUCUUUAUUGUCUACUUUAUCUUGACAAGGACGAACUCUACGUGAGAGCAUCUGCAAUCGGCGUCGUGAAAAACAUGACAGGAAUGCCACAACAGAAAGGCAAUGGGCGUACCCUUGAAGGCGACAGCGGCAACAGGAUCAGUAACAAUUAUGAACUUUGUAACACUAUAAUAAAGCGACAUGAAUGUACGCAGAUCAUCCGCGUUGGGCACAAAAAAAAAGUCGCGUGAACUGGCGUGCCUCCAAAAAAAAGCGUUCAAGGUUGACAAGACUGAAGUUAUG